AAGGCUCCCAUAUCGCCUUUAGCAGAAAGAAUCUCCAAUGGAACACCCGAUCGGCAUCAUCCAUCCAUAAAAAGGGCUCGACAACCAGUUUUGGUCAAGAUCACCUUUAUCAAGCAAGCGCCUUGGGGGAAGAAUUUGCGUACUGAAAAGUUAACAGAUUCCGCUCCUCCAAAAACGUAUCUCGACAUAAACGACGUCUGCAGGUGGGUGCAGGUUACAAUAUGUAACGUGACGUUCUUUCACAGGAAUGAGGAGGAGGAGGCUAUUUGUCCAUCAUCAACCCCUUCACAGUCAAUAGCCCUCGACGAACGUGUCUCCUGUGUCUGUUCCAUUCUGCAGUCGUGUGAGCUC